UACGAUUACAUCAAUUCAUUCCACUUCACAAUCGUUAGCACAACUUCAUCUUGCAACAUGGGUUGUCCCAACUCCAAGUCUUCGGAAAAUGUAGAGGACGACGAGGCAGAUCGAAUAAUAUCGUCGCAAGGCAGAGCAGCAAGUACACGUUCCAGUGCCCCAGCCCAAUUCGACGGUCGAGCAAAGCCAAAUCUACAAAACUCAUCAGAGGAAACUAUUGUCCAACAACCUCCACCCGAGCGAAGUGCACCUGCCGCUUCGCCACAACAAAUUUCAGGGCCAGCACCAGCUGCUACAGGUAGUCUUGCUUCUGAGAAUUAUAUCUCCAUGAAGGGAAUGAUUAUCGACAACCCUGCCGGCGUGCCCUUCAGUCUCGAUGCCGACGUAGUAGAAGCAAGACUAGAAGAGAUCCGCGAAGAGCUAGAAGGACACAACAACGAGAACGUCACUGAAGGAGAGAAGGAAUAUUUCAUAGAACAACGGUGUUGGGAUACGUACUGUAUAGUAGCUACCCAGAACAUUCAGAGCUAUUUAUGGGCCAAAGACCUAAGAGCGCUAUCAGACCGAAAGCGCCCAUCACCAGUUGUAAUGGAUGCAAUAAUUUGGGCCAAUCGAUAAGACGUUGUCCUUGGAUCGUCUUGACGUCUUGUCCAAUAUUCGACCACGACAAGUACAACGUCCGUUUUGGGGACGAGAUAUUCACACCAUGUCGUCAAUGUCAGUCAGCAGAGAGUCAAGGGUCGAGGUCAUGAAGGAUGUUGGACCUCCGAGAUAAGAACAGAAAAGAGGGGGUAGGCAUAAGCGGAAGAGGUAUUUUGUUGUACAAGCAAAGAAAGAGCAAAAGAAAAUGCCAAUUGUGUUACGGUAUUUUCCAGUUGAGCGACA